AAAUAAAUAAGCAAUUUACCUGACAAUAUGAAAUCAAGCAAAACGGGGUAUAAAUAAUGAAGAUCUCACGAGUGUUGUUUAAAGAGUAUACAAAAAGAUCUUUAAGAGCAGUACAGUUAGCAGAAAAAGAAAUAACCAUACAAGCACCAUGGGGCAAACUUAGAGGACUCUCAUGGGGUAAAGACGGCGAUCCGCCCGUGUUUCUCUGCCAUGGACGGAUGGACGCUUGCUCUGGGUUCCGUCCUCUAUUGGAGCUCCUACCACGCUGUUUCUACUAUGUAUCUGUCGAUCUCCCUGGAAAUGGCAGGUCAGACCACUUUCCCCGUGGAAUACAGUUGAGCACCAUAGACUUCGUGCCGACUGUCAAAGUGGUCAAGGAACACUUCAAAUGGGAUAAAUUCAUGUACGUGGGACACUCACUGGGUGCCUUGAUGGGAAAAUUCUUCAACCUAGCUUACCCCGGCCACAUCACGCGCAUAGUCGAACUAGAUCCAGUCCCAGCGCAUAUAUGCUACAAGCAAGACGUCGAAGGUGUCAGACAAUGGUAUCACAACCAUUAUCAUAAUUACUAUGAGCAGUAUGAGAAGCUGAAUGGAGGCGGGGAGGCGCCGAAGUAUACUUACGAAAAGGCUUUGGAAAUGUUAAUGGGAGCUCGUGAUUUAGACAAAGUGGCCGCAGAACAUGUCUUGGAGAGAGUGACUUCACCCGCUGGCGACGGCUUGUAUAGAUUCACUCACGACCAACGCCAAAAAACCUUCACCGUCAUGCCUUUCUCCGGAGACGCUUACCGCGCCAUCUAUACUUCCACAUCAACACCAACUUUUUGCGUGCUCUGCCAAAACGCCAUAGACUUUGGUCUGUACGACCAAACGUCGUUUGUAAUGGACCCAGCGUGUUGGCCGAAUGGAAACUAUAGUGUGAAGAUAGUGAAGGGUGGACAUGAUAUUCAUAUAAGUCAUCCGGAGCAUAUAGCGGAGGAAAUUAGUCAGUUUUUAUUGAAAGGUGUUAACGCUAAAGUGUAAUUAUACAUUAAAUUAAACGAAAUUGAAUAUAUAACAGUAUUUUUGACGUGAUAACGUCUAAUAACUCGUUACUACGGGCAGCAUGCACGAAAAAGAUGACGUCAUUGUCCCGUUUCCCAAGAGA